GCUAUUAAUGAGCAAAUGAGUAAUUUGGUGUAAUUUUUUUAUUAUUAUCAACUUUUAGCGACUUUUCAGUGUUCUGUUCUGGUGAUUAUUGUAAUUAUGAAAUAGAAAUGGGACAGUGGUUUUGGGUGCAUCAUUAAGAAUAUUACAAUAAAGCUGAAAAACUUCAUUUAAUAGAAAACGAACCGAAAUGCUUGUACAACGAUCAAGCCUUUUACUAUGUGUGUGGGCAGGCCUGUUGGCCACAUGUUGGGCACAACGUGCGGAACAACUACUCGCUCAGAAUCCGUGUUCGAGCAAGACCACUUGCAGCGAUUGUAUUCGAACUGCCAGCUGUGCUUGGUGCUUCGCCCCCGAGUUCAAUGGACCGCGGUGUUUCAACCCCGCCAUGGAAGGCGGGACGGGCGGUUGCGACGAAGCUUAUAUUUUCAACCCAGAUAACCAACGUUCUAUUGAUCCAAUGUUUAACAAAGAACUGACUAGAGCACGGGGCCGCAUGGGUAUGGGCAUGGAAUCGUCGUUCUAUGAGGAAUCUUUUAGCAGCAGCAGUACUAGUUUUAAGGGAGGGAGCGGCUAUAACAUGGCUGGCGGAGGUGCCGCUUUUGGAGAAAAUUUAGUCCAAAUAAAGCCACAGAGAGUAAAAAUGCAAUUAAGAAUGAAUCAAAUGCAAAAGAUGACGUUCUCAUACGCCCAAGCUCAGGACUAUCCAGUAGAUCUUUACUAUCUUAUGGACCUUAGCAGGUCUAUGAAAAAUGACAAGGACAAGCUGAGUUCACUUGGUAGCUUACUCUCAAGUACAAUGAGGAACAUCACUUCGAACUUCAGAAUCGGUUUUGGUUCGUUUGUCGACAAACUCGUCAUGCCCUACGUGUCUACUGUACCGAAAAAUUUGAUUUCACCGUGCGACGGCUGUGCGGCACCUUAUGGUUUUAAGAAUCAAAUGUCGCUUAGCAAUGAUACAAAUUUCUUCGAUAAAGCAGUGGCAGGCGCGGACGUGUCGGGUAAUUUAGACGCACCGGAAGGUGGUUUCGACGCCAUAAUGCAGGCGAUUGUAUGUCAACGAGAAAUCGGUUGGCGCGAAAAAGCCCGUCGACUGCUCGUGUUCUCCACUGACGCGGGCUUCCAUUACGCCGGUGAUGGGAAGCUUGGUGGUAUCGUACAACCUAACGAUGGAGAAUGCCACAUGGAGAACAAUUCAUACACACACUCAACCAUACAAGAUUAUCCCAGUAUUUCUCAAAUUAAUCUCAAGGUGAAGGAGCAUGCUAUUAAUGUAAUUUUCGCUGUAACAGCAGAACAGAUAAGUGUUUACGAACAGCUCAGUAAGCACAUCCAGGGAUCAAGCAGCGGUAUUCUGAGCGAAGACUCCGAUAAUGUGGUGGAUCUUGUACGGGAACAGUAUAAUAAAAUAACGUCGACUGUGGAGAUGAAACAUACAUCUAGUGAUAAUGUGCAGCUUGCGUAUUACUCAUCCUGUCUAGGGAGCAAGGACAACGUCAUACAGACCAACAAGUGUGAUGGUUUGAAGGUGGGCGAUGUCGUCGAGUUUACAGCUGAAAUAACUUUAAAAGAGUGUCCUAAAGACCCUAGCAAGUGGAAGGAAACUUUUACCAUUUAUCCUGUUGGUAUGUCGGAGAGCCUGACAGUUGAGUUAGAGAUGCUGUGCGACUGCCCCUGUGAACAUCCAGGACAUCAUGCGUACAGCGACAGCCCGCUGGUGUGCAGCGGGCAGGGCACGUGGGCGUGCGGCGUGUGCGUGUGCGGCGCGGGCCGCUUCGGCAAGCGCUGCGAGUGCUCGGCGCAGGGCGGCGCGUCGCUGGAGCAGGAGCGCGGCUGCCGGCCCGCCAACGCCUCCAGCGGCCCGCUCUGCUCCAACCGCGGCGCCUGCAUCUGCGGCGUCUGCGAGUGCAACAAGCUCGACGACCCACUCAAGGUUAUAUCUGGUCCCUUUUGCGAGUGCGACAACUUCACGUGCGACAUGAACAAGGGUAAAUUAUGUUCCGGCCCAGAAAACGGCGAGUGCGUCUGUGGAAAGUGUAGUUGCAAACCUGGAUAUACUGGGCCCGCUUGUCAAUGUUUGAUGGACGAAUCGCCGUGUCGUGCAUCCAAUGGAAAAAUCUGCAGUGGGCACGGAAAAUGCGUGUGUGGCCAGUGUGUCUGUGAUGUUGAGGAGGAUCGCCACUACUCUGGAAUGUAUUGCGAAAAGAGCCCCGCUUUACCUGGAAAAUGCAUGGAUUUCCAAGAAUGCGUUCUUUGUCAAGUGCACAAGCGUGGUCGACUUUACAAUCCCGAUGAGCCAAAGGAAUGCGGAAAAUGCGACUUGCAACCUGUUAUUGAAGAGGGCAAAAUUGAAGUUAAUGAAACUUUGUACGAACAUCUGUGCAAUUUCUACGACGACGAUGAUUGCCUCUAUGUUUUUAUUUAUUCAUACAAUGGGACAGAGCACUUGCACAUUAGAGCACAAAAAGAAAAUGUUUGUCCAAGAAAGGUUUUCAUCCUCGGAAUUGUGCUCGGUGUAAUAGCGGCCAUUGUGCUGGUAGGACUGGCGCUGCUGAUGUUGUGGAAGAUGGUCACCACGAUACACGAUAGACGAGAGUUCGCGCGUUUCGAAAAAGAACGUAUGAUGGCAAAGUGGGAUACGGGCGAGAAUCCGAUUUACAAACAAGCAACUUCAACAUUCAAAAAUCCAACAUAUGCUGGAAAUUAAAGAUCUCCAUAAACAUUAACAGUCACGAAGGCGAGAAUCCGAUUUACAAACAAGCAACUUCAACAUUCAAAAAUCCAACAUAUGCUGGAAAUUAAAGAUCUCCAUAAACAUUAACAGUCACGAAGUAAGCAAUAUGUCAUUAAGUCUUGCUAUAUUUUAUUUUAGCCGUAGUAAGGCGUUCGAAUCAAAGUCGUCAGUAUUUGCUAAUAUCGAGUAAUUUAUAGAAUUUUUAGAAAUGUUUUCGACUGUGUACUACAGAAGUUGAGGCCUUUAAACUGUGCCUUUUGAAUAAACUGAAAACUUUAUAGAGUUUAAUUUUAAAAUAAAAAUCAUUUUGUCUCAAUAAUUGAGGUCUGUUUUAAUCUCAUGAUAUAUACAUAUGUAUAAUCAGUACGCUUUUGUACUUAUGUGUGAGUGUAUUUCGUAUGUACUUAUGGUGUGUAGUUUGGAUGUAAUCAGUUAGACGUUAUGGAAUAUCGAAAUGUGUAAAUUAAUUAUUAAUUAACGACCUCAAUAUAUUUCGAUUCGUCAAUAAUAAUAGUUAAAUGUUAUUCAUAACCAAAUUUACAAUAAGAUAUUACAUUUCGUAUUUUGAUAUGGAUAUUUGACAUUUAUAUUAUGUUUUCUAAGAAAACAAUAGUUCGUACUGUAUAAUAUUAAAUUUCAAUCGAGCACAUGCGUAUACAUUUCUUUUACAUUUAGAAUUUAUUUACUUGGCGUAAUGUGGUCGUUAAUUGAUACUUUUACAUGUAUUUGUCAAUAAAUUCAUAAUGAAACCCCAGCUGUGUUAUUUUUUAUUUAUAGUAGAAAUAUUAUAGUAGCUUAACCCUUUCGCUGUCCCGUGCACUAAAUAUAGGUCAUUGCUACUGUCUUACUAUUGUGUCUGAAAACUGGACAGUGAAAGUGUUAAUGUAGUAUAUAAAUAUGACUGGCUAUACAGAUACAGGUGCCGAUUAGUGUGUUAGUGUUUUAGUUCGGCUAUAAUAAUCAUGGUAUUAACUUAUAUACAUAAAUACCCACGUGUGUCUGUAAAAACUAGCAUUAUGUAUUUAAUAUAUUAUUUAUUAUUACAUUUUUACAUAAAUAUAUAUUAUGCAUAUGUGCUUUUAUCACUGCCAAUCUAUUAAAAUAUUCCAUCAUGCAAGAAUCUAAUUCCACUAAUACAUAGCUGUUCGUUAAUGUUGUUGAAUCAUAAAAUGUAUCUAAGAGGUCAGGUAGACAUAAAAAUUAAAAACAAAAAAAUAUUUAAACGUGUUUAUAUUUUUUACUGUCUCUUAUCUGAAUAUAUAUAGAGUAAACAAUACAUAUAGAGGUGACAUAAACAAAACAUUCGCAAAUAUAAUUACAUUUGGGAAUUUUAUUUUAAGACUAUAAAAAUAAUGAUGGAACCUGGACUGGUGUACGUAGAUAGUAUUGAUACUUUGAAAUACUUGGAGUCGUUGUUACAUUUUUGCAACAUGUAAUAAUAAUAGCAAAAAUAUUUUCUGAUGGAUAAUGUUUUAAUAACCAUAAAAAUUUAGAUUUUAUAGACAAAUUGUCUAAAGUGAACUUUGUAAAACGUGAACAAUUGCCGUAUGUACCGCGUGGUGCCUUAAGUAACCGUAAAAGUAACGUUUAGUGCCAUUACUAAUAGAAUAAAGAAGAGUGUUUAUUAUUUAUUUAUUUCGAAUAAUCCGGACGGUUAAGCAUAGCUUUUUAAGUAACCUUAUUUCUAAUCAUUAAUAUAAGAACGAUGGAUUGAUAAAGUUGUUAGAAAAUAUAAUUAUUAUUUUUUAUAAGUUGCAAUUUUAAUACCAUUGUUGGUAAUAAUUUAAAUAUGUAACAUUUUACGUAAUUUGACUAUUGUAUAUAAUAUGUUUUUUACCGAUAAGUCUGGAUUUAUAAUUGUGGCCUUUAAAUGAUGAUAAUAAAUAAAAUGUUAACGCU